AUGGAACCACCUAAGAUUACGAUAGAGACGAGUCCCAAUUCGCCCCAACCGAGCUACACAAACGACCGCAGAAACUCCGAGUCGCUGGCUGUCCCCACCACCUCCAAAGACCCUUUUACAGACGAUAAUGCUAGCACAAGCUAUAGCACUCCCAGCGCACCCAGUACACCCCCAAAGAAGAAGAAGAAGGAGAAAAAGGAGAAGAAACCACUCGAGCCACGCCGCGUCGAUAACCUCGGCGCCUUCGCCUUCCAGCCACACAUCCUCACUGACUGCGUCGGCUACAAACAGUUUGACACUCUGCGCGACGAUAUCGGCGGCAUUGAUGGUCUUGCUCGUGGCCUAGGAACUGAUCUUCGCGAUGGUCUCCGUGCCGAGGCCUAUUCCCUCAGUGGCAAGCCAGACCCCAGUGGUCCUCCCCAGGGAAGAGCGGGUUCCGCCAGCGAAGCCAGCGGCUUAGAAAGGCAGCGUGUGUACGACAAGAACGAGAUUCCACCGAAAGAAACCAAGAACUUUUUCCAGCUUAUGUGGAUGGCUAUGGAAGACAAGCUGCUGCAACUCCUCAUAGUAGCUGCGAUUGUCGCCCUAGCUUUGGGUAUAUAUCAGGCUGUGGAUUUCCCCGCACCCGUUAUCAGAUGCUACAAUGACGCAACGGGGAGAUAUGACGCAUACUGCACAGAACCACAAGUCGAGUGGGUCGAGGGUGUCGCCAUCCUCAUCGCCAUCAUAAUCGUCGUCCUCGUCGGCAGUAUUAAUGACUAUCAAAAGGAGCUACAGUUCAUGCAACUAAACAAGAAGAAGGAAGACAGAGAUGUGAAAGUUAAAAGAGAUGGCAAUGAACAGCACAUAAGCAUCAAGGAUGUCCUCGUCGGCGACAUACUGCAGCUCGAAACAGGCGACAUCUUGCCUGUCGAUGGCGUCUUUAUCGGAGGUCACAACAUCAAGGCAGACGAGUCUGCAGCGACUGGUGAAUCUGAUGCCAUUAAGAAGGUCACCUUUGACGAUUAUGCAUCGUAUCUUGACACCCUCAGCGAACACGACAAAACUAAGAGUCAAAAGAAGGAUUGCUUCUUGCUAUCCGGUUCCAAGAUUACCGAGGGCGUGGGUGAAAUGAUCGUCGUUGCCGUCGGUCUGCAAUCCUACAACGGUCGUAUCCUUGCCAGUCUAAAUGACGAAGAUGACGAAGGCACUCCCCUUCAAAGCAAACUGAACGACUUGGCAGAGUUGAUUGCAAAGGUGGCUUCUGUUGCUGGUUUGCUCCUCUUCAUCGCCCUCAUGAUAAGAUUCUUCGUGGGAUUGAAAGAGAAUCCAGACAGAACCCCGCGCGAGAAGGGUCAGAAUUUCAUUGAGAUUCUCAUCAUAUCGGUCACUCUCAUUGUCGUUGCGGUCCCUGAAGGACUUCCGCUCGCUGUCACUCUAGCUCUCGCUUUUGCCACCAAGCGUAUGACCAAGGCCAACCUUCUCGUCCGCCUUCUUGCUUCUUGUGAGACAAUGGCGAAUGCAACUGCUGUAUGUACAGACAAGACUGGAACGCUUACGCAGAAUGUGAUGAGCGUCGUCGCUGGCACCAUUGGAAUCAAUGCUAAGUUCGUCAUACGGCUUGAAGAAAACGCAGCAAGGUCAAAUGCAGACCAACUGAAUAGCGAUGAAAAGUACACUGGCGGAAACUUUACUGUUGACUCCAAUGAUCUAUCCAAUCACAUCAAGGGUCCACUCCGCAAGCUGUUGUUUGACAGUAUAGCGAUCAACUCUACAGCUUUCGAAGACAAGAACAAGGAGACUGGUGAAAUUGAAUUUGUCGGCUCAAAGACCGAAACCGCACUCUUGCGCUUCGCUAAAGAGCGUCAAUGGGAUGACUGGCGGAACGCCCGUGAAUCAGCCGAGAUAGCGCAAAUGAUACCCUUCUCAUCCGCACGCAAAGCUAUGGGUAUGGUUGUGAAGCUCAGCGACGGUCACUACAGGUUAUACGUGAAGGGUGCAUCAGAGGUGCUUGCAGGGCUUGCAACCAAGAGUGUUUCAAUUGAUGAAACUGAUUCUGAAGAUAUACCAGUGUUUGAUAUGUCCCAGGCUGACCGUGAGAGCUUGAACGAAACCAUCAAGUUCUAUGCAACGCAGUCGUUGCGCACUAUAGCCUUAUGCUAUAAAGACUUCGCUGAGUGGCCACCGAAGAAGGCAUCAAUUGACGAGACUGGAGAUGUUGAAUAUGAUAGCAUUGCGACGGACUUGACAUUGGUCGGCAUUACUGGUAUAGAAGACCCUCUUAGACCUGGUGUAUCUGACGCCGUAAAGAGAGCUCAAAUGGCCGGCGUUAAAGUAAAGAUGUGUACUGGUGACAAUGUACUGACUGCGCAAUCUAUCGCUAGACAAUGUGGGAUCCUGACCGAAGGUGGUAUCGUUAUGGAAGGAGUCGAAUUCAGAAAUCUCAGUGAAUACGACAGAAUAAGUUGUGUUCCGAAUCUGCAGGUUCUUGCUAGAUCAUCUCCCGAUGACAAGAAGAUGCUAGUUCAGACGCUCAGAAAGUCUCAUUCGGAGACUGUCGGUGUCACUGGUGAUGGUACAAACGAUGCACCUGCCUUGAAGGCUGCCAAUGUCGGUUUUUCAAUGGGUAUCGCUGGUACUGAGGUAGCCAAGGAGGCCUCCUCGAUCAUUCUCAUGGAUGAUAAUUUCGCUUCAAUUGUCUCAGCUAUAAUGUGGGGCAGGUGUGUGAACGACUCGGUAAAGAAGUUCUUGCAAUUCCAGCUCUCAGUCAAUGUGACAGCAAUUCUCAUUGUCUUUGUCACGGCAAUUGCAUCAGAUUCGGAAGAGUCUGUCUUGUCGGCUGUUCAGCUGCUUUGGGUGAACUUGAUAAUGGACACAUUCGCCGCAUUAGCGCUGGCCACUGACCCUGCAACACCAACAGUACUCAACCGCAAACCAGAAAUACCAGGCUCACCAAUCAUCAAUGCGAGUAUGUUGAAGGUAAUCACAUCUCAAUCGCUGUACAAAACGGCAGUUGUAUUUGUCUUGCACUUUGCAGGUAGACAGAUACUUGGUUAUAGAACGAGUUACACUACGGAUGAAGAAGCAGCAGAAUUCAGCGCACAAGGCACUCAAUUGAAAUCAUUAGUAUUUAACGCAUUUGUCUGGUGUCAGAUUUUCAACCAAAUCAACUGCCGUAGAUUGGACAACAAGCUGAAUGUGUUUGAGGGUAUUCACAAGAAUUGGUGGUUUAUCGUUAUGUUCUGCAUCAUGGUCGGUGGACAAGUCUUGAUUAUCUUUGUUGGUGGCGCUGCAUUCUCCGUCACAAGAUUAGGUGGAAGAGAUUGGGCGAUAUCUGUUAUUUGUGGAUUCUGCUCUCUUAUCAUUGGAGCUCUUUUCAGAUUUAUACCGGAUGAACCCAUCGAAAGAAAGCUGACGCAGUGGGGUAUGUUCCCCGACCCACAUCGACUGCCAAUCAAUAUGGGUGAACCAUCAAAGAAAGGAGAGGAUCCAAUAUACGAUUCACUUCAGCUGCUGUCGAUGCUGCGUGGUGGGCGUAUCAGAGGUUCAUCAGUUGUGCAGAAAUCAAGACGUAUUGUCAGACAUCCAAUCCAAGAACUAUCCGAAACACUCUACCCACAUUCCAAAACCAAUAGCGGGACAACGACGCCAGAUAAUGGUAGCACAUCACCUUUGUCAGCGAAGCACACACAUCUCGAUGCUUUGUCGGUUUUGCCGAUGAUGGUGGCUUCGAGUGUGGGUGCAGGACCGAUAUACAGAAACACGAGAUCAGGAAGUGUGAAUUCAAAUUCGAACUCAAGACCGGGUCACUCUCCGUCUACGUCGAUUGAUGAUCACAGCAGCGCACCUCCAUCGCCCUUGUCGCAUAAACGGUGA